AUGAAGUUGCUUAGAACUAAAACUUUGCUUUUUUUAUAUAUAUUUUUGGGCUGCUUUAACAAAUGUGUACAGUGCGACCUCGAUAACGAGGAGGAAAGGUCACUGCGCAACACUAGGAGGGACGAGAUGGAGUAUCUGGACGAUAUUGACGACUCCUACUUCAACGAGCGUCUCAAGGACAAUUCUGCUGACGACGAUAUAGAAGGCGAUAAUAUUUUUGUCAGGAGUCCUUAUUUGAACUCAAAGUACAAUUCCAAGGAUAAGGCUGGUAAAAAUGGCAAGAAUAGGGGCAAGAAGACAAAUUUGAAGCAUAUGAUGACUGACAAGACCACUGGGUUCCUCGUUUCCUUUAUUUUGGCUACUCUGUUCAUCUCCGUUAUUGUUAUUGUUGCCAUUAUUUACAAAAGGCACCAGAUGAAGAAGACUGCCGUGUUGAAGGAAUCCAACAAUCUUGUUGUUGAAGCUGUUUAA